AUGGCUUUCUUUCGCACCCAACUUGAUACCAAGUUCCGAAAAGCUCUCAUCCAGAGGAGUCGCGUCAAGAGAGGAGGCUAUGCGGUUGGUGAAUUGGUGAGUUUCUAUCGCAUCGAGAAGGUUGCAACGAAGAGAGGGUCAUGGAGAGGCCCAGCAACUAUCAUCGGCACUGAAGGAGGGAACUGGUGGGUUUCUUUCGGGGGUCGUUGUCAUCUUGUUGCUGAAGAACAUUUGCGUCCUUCAUCACCGGAGGAAGUGGGGGACAUUCUAUCCUCAAAGAUUGCACGUGACGACCUCGAAAAGCUCCUGAAUCUUGACCCUGAUGACCCGGAAACCUAUCAUUCCAGUGAUGAGUACGAACCUUCCGAGGCACCCGACCCUCAUGGACAAGAUCCUGGCCAAGAAUUUCCUGUUCUUCCCGAUGAAGAGAUGGCCGAGGACAUGGAGUUCUCGCUUGAGCUUGAGGGUGGGGAUUCCAAUGACACUUCGGGGAUUCUUGACAGGGCUACAGGCAGUGAACGUAGACAGCUUGAGCAGCCGAAUCCUUCUGGUCCCGUUCGUAAAAGGGUACGUCAAAAAGCUCCUCAAUCCAAAGAACAUUCAGUGCACAUGAUGAAGCGCUGUCAGACUGACAGAGCUUUGGAGAAAGCUUUGGAGAAGGAGAUUCCGUGGAAGCUGGUGCCCGAGUCGGAGCACGAAGCUUUUAGGUCUGCAGAGGACAAACAAAUCCGAGAACACCUGGAUCACAAGGCCCUGGUCCCCUUGAGCAUCGAAGAGUCACAGCGAAUCCAGAACGAGAUUGAUCCAUCACGGAUACUUAAUUCCAGGUUCGCUUAUCGAGACAAACAUUGGUCAAGGCGGAAGUUAGACCCUACGGUUCCUUGGAAACACAAAGCACGACUGGUAGUGUCAGGGCAUCGUGAUCCAGAUGUCAAGUACCUCGAGACGGAUGCCCCAACGAUCAAUCGCCUUACAAUCCUGACACUGCUCCAGGUUUUGGCGAGCCGAAGACGCUCCCACGACUGGGAGGCCUCAGCCGGGGACAUUACGGCUGCAUUCCUCAAUGGUGAUGACAUGGAGAGAGUCCGCAUCAGGGUUGAAGGAGAAGAAUGCUUCUUCGAGCAGUGCCCCUUGGAUCCAUGCUUGUUCCAAUUGGUUUCAGAUGGGAGCCGUGUUCCCAGGGCUUAUGUUGGAGUCCAUGUCGAUGACCUCUUGGUCGUUGGUCCUCGGUCUCUCUCCAAACUCAUCCGCGAGACCCUGUCGAGUACUUUUCCGGUCGAUGACUGGGAGAUUGACGACUUCGACUACAUAGGGUCCCAUGUGCAGGUGACUGAUGAGGGGGUCUUUGUCAGUCAGGAACCGUACGCCAGCUCGAGACUCUUCGAGCUCUCGAUCGAGAAGGGGCAAAAUGAUCUGGAUCUUGCCUCGGACGAACAGCGCAUCGACAAUCAGUCCCUGAUCGGCGCGCUCUCCUGGCUCGGCGGUCAGUCCAGACCGGACCUACAGUGCUCAGUAUCCUUGGCACAACAGUGUCAAAAGAAUCCCACUGUUGAGGACCUGAAGUUCACCAACAAGAUUGCCAAAAGAGCUUGGGAGCACAAAGACAAAGGAAUCUGGCUUCGUCCCUUAGAUCUGGGAUCUCUGGAAUUCUUGAUUUAUCAUGAUUCAGCGUGGGCAAACGCCCUUCUGGAGGGCGAAGACGGCUUCAUUCUUACGCCUGGAGACCAUGAGUUGGGGUUCAUGAAUGAGGGACCCUACCAGCACAAUGAGCGGAAAGCGAAGAAGGCCAACUCCCGCGUUGCAAGUCAGAUGGGCAUUCUGGUGGUGCUGUCGGAUGCUUCUCAAGUAAAUCAGGGUGGAGGA